AUGUGGAAGCAUCUCCAGCAAGAUGAAAAAGUCAACCAUGCCAGAGAGGAUGAAACAUUCAUAAACAUGGUCAACACUAGCUAUGGUGUGAGCAGAAAAUUCACCAAAAGAAAUACAGAGCCCAAGGAACCGCUCCCACCCUUGAGUGAAGACUUCCUCCUUAAUGCUUUGUCCAAGGACUUCACCGUUCCCCCAAACACUUCGUCUCUUCAAUUUGAAGAUGCUGAACUUUCGGCUGUCAUCUCUGAAGUAGUUUCCCAAACCCCAGCUCCAACCACCCACUAUGCAGGUCCACCCCCUGACACUCCGCAGAGUGAUGACAAAGAACUUGACGAUGCCCUGGAUCAACUUUCUGACAGUCUCGAGCAAAGACAGCCUGACCCAGAUGGGAACAAACCCCUAGAGGAUAAAGUCAAGGAAAAGGUGAAAGCUGAACACAGAGACAAACUGGGAGAAAGGGGUGGCACCAAUCCACCUGAAUAUCGACAUCUCUUGGAUGAUGACGAUGAGGGCAAAUCAGCGACGCCACCUCCAAAGAAACCUGAGGCAUCAAAGAAACCUAUAGAUGCCCAAGACCCCAUUGAUGCCCUCUCAGGGGGCUUUGACAACUGUCCCUCAACUACAGAAACCUCAGAGAACACAGCAAAGGACAAAGACAAGAAAACUGCUUCCAGCUCCAAAGCACCCAAGAGUGGGGAUAAAGCAAAGGAUUCUGCAAAGGCAAAGGAGGAAACUUCCAAGCGAAAAGCUGAUGGAAAAAGUACAAGUUAA